UGUAAACAAAACCAGCGAGCGAUGUGUAGAUGUGACACAACUGAUACCUGUAACAUGAGUGUGUUUUGGGGUUAAUAAUGCUUCAUAUGAGACUUAUAAUUUUCAAAGUUGUUAUCCACAGUCGUAGUUAAGUGAAUAUUAUUUUUAAUAAUUAUUAUUUGCAACGUUAGUCUCAAUCAAACAAGGCACCGUCACUGUUUUGUGAUGGACCCACCUGACAAUGUGGGGAACCCCAACCACAGGCUGGAGGCUGUGGCCCUGAAUUGUGGUCCUGACAGCUCCACCGGACAGAAAGAUACUUCACCUGCAGACAUGCUGAGAAUAAAACAACAGAUGUCCAACCAGUGCUUUGAGAUGGCAGUACAGCUACAAGCAGGAAAAAGUAAGAGAUCGUGCAGCACAUCUGAAGCUGAGAGAGAAUUGUCAGAUUAUGUUAACGAGCUGGAAAGAGUCAAGACUAUUCAUUUUAACAGCACAUUGACACUGCACAGAAUGCAGAUGUGGCACGCUAUUGGAGAAAAACUGAAACAGAAUGAUUCAGAGGCUGCUGCCCUGAAAGCUGUGAAUGAUCGCUGUAUGGCUCUUUGUUCACAAAUAAAACAACUUCAGCAAGAGUCAAGAGAUCUUCAAGAUGGAAUCACGGAAGUACAAAAGAAGAGGCUUGAGAUGAAGCGGCUCACGCAUGAGAAAAUGAAAGAGAUGGAUGAGUUGAUGUCUAAGACAGGGCACCCAGACACAGAGAAGUACAGAGCUGUGUUGGAGAAAGGCCAAGCGAACCUUGAGAAAUACAAAAAGAUGACCGUCAUGACACAGAACGUCCUCAGGGGCAUCCUCUUGGCCUGCAAAGUCAACUGGCUAGACGAUCCCAAACUUCGAGACAUUGCCAUGACGCUGGAGGAAUUUCCCAUUUCUGACUAGAGAAGGAAUCAAUUUACUGCAUAUCUGUCUGUAUUAUAUUGUCAAAUAAAUAUCCAAUAAAACUG